AGAACCACUGCCCUAAGCCGGUUCCGUUCCCUUUGAAGAAAAACGAGAGAGAGAGAGGGAGAGAGAGAGUAAAUGCUUUAUGUUCUGAAUUCCAUGAGAUCCAAAACUUCUGUUUGUCUAACUCAAAUUCAUCGGAGGUAUGUGUCCUCAUUAAUAGAAUCUCACUUGAAGAAACCUCUUUCUCAAAACCCAUUCUUAAAAUCAGAUGGGAACAUCCUCAUAACCCGCCUCUGUAGAGACAAGAAAUUGAAAGAAGCCAUAGACAUUUUAUGCCAACAUAAAAAAUUGAAGCAAGGAAGUCCAAUCCUAGAGGUUUUAGAUCACUCUUUAACCUGCCCAUCUGCAUCAGUAUAUUCUUCACUUCUACAACUAUGCCUUCAACAACGAGCGCUGGAGGAGGGUAGGAGGGUUCAUAACCACAUUAAGAGUUCCGGUUUUGUACCUGGGGUGUUUAUCUAUAAUCGCCUUCUUGAUAUGUAUUCAAAGUGUGACAGCCUGGUUGAUGCCCAGAUACUGUUUGAUGAAAUGACUGGGAGGGACUUGUGUUCUUGGAACACCAUGAUUUCGGGCUAUUCAAAGAUGGGUCAGCUUAAUAAAGCUCGCCAACUGUUUGAAGAAAUGCCUGAAAGGGAUAAUUUCUCUUGGAGUGCAAUGAUCUCUGGGUAUGCUCGCCAUGACAAGCCCAGGGAAGCUUUGGAGUUGUAUAGAAAAAUGCAAAGAGACAAGAAAGUGAAAGGUAAUAAGUUCACGGUAUCUAGUGCUCUUGCGGCUUCUGCUGCUGUUCCGUGCCUUAGGAGUGGGAAGGAGAUUCAUGGUCAUAUACUUCGAACUUGGUUGGAUUCAGAUGAUGUAGUUUGGAGCGCAUUGUCAGAUAUGUAUGGAAAAUGUGGAAGUGUUGAUGAAGCCCGGCACAUCUUUGACAAGAUGUUGGACCAAGAUGUUGUUACAUGGACUACAAUGAUAGGAAGAUACCUUGAAAGUGGGAGGAUGAAAGAGGGGUUUGAGUUAUUCUCUGACCUUCUGAGAUCAGGGGUCAGACCUAAUGAAUUUACAUUUGCUGGUAUUUUGACUGCUUGCUCAACUCAAGCUGCAGAGGAUGUUGGGAAACAGGUCCACGGGCACAUGACUCGUAUUGGGUUUGAUCCGGUCUCAUUUGCAGCUAGUGCGCUUGUACAUAUGUAUUCAAAGUGUGGAAACAUUGAUAGUGCACAAAAAGUUUUCAGAACAACGCCUCAACCAGAUCUGGUCUCCUGGACCUCCAUGAUUGUUGGUUAUGCACACAAUGGUCAACCUGAGGAGGCAGUUCAGUACUUUGAAUUGCUACUCAAAUCAGGUACUAAGCCUGAUCAUGUUGCAUUUGUUGGGGUCCUUUUUGCAUGUACCCAUGCUGGAUUAGUUGAUAAAGGCUUUGAGUAUUUCCGUUCAAUUAAAGAGAAACAUGCGUUGACAUACACUACUGAUCAUUAUGCUUGCAUGGUUGACCUCCUUGGUCGUUCUGGCCGAUUUGAGGAAGCUGAAGAGAUUAUUGAUAAAAUGCCAAUGAAGCCUGAUAAGUUCUUAUGGGCAUCAUUACUUGGUGGUUGUAGAAUUCAUGCAAACCUUAGACUGGCAAAACGAGCCGCAGAAGCAUUGUUUGAAAUAGAGCCUGAGAAUGCGGCGACCUAUGUCACAUUGGCCAACAUCUGUGCUACCAACGGCAUGUGGGAUGAAGUGGAGAAGAUCAGAAAGACUAUGGAUGACAGAAGGGUGGUUAAAAUACCAGGUUUAAGUAGGAUCAAGAUCAAAGGAAAGGUCCAUGUAUUCUUAGUGGGAGAUGAAACACACCCCCAUACUGAGGAAAUCCGUGAACUUCUAGAGAACCUGUCGAUUAGAAUGAAGGAAGAAGGGUAUAUUCCUGACACAAAUUUCGUACUGUAGGAUGUGGGGGAAGAGCUUAAGGAUAUUGAUACUGCUGUCAAGAUAUAAAGAUAAAGGCCCAACGGCUAGUGAAGAACUUGAAGAUUUGGUUCUGCUAGUUGGGUACCAGCUUUUAUAUGCGGGACCCUACUUGCACAGCUUUAGCCUUCCAUUAUCUUUCUGGGUCUGUACUUCUCUUACAUCUCAUGACUGAAAGAGGAAUUUUAUGGGGCCUGCAAAGAGAAAAACUUCUUGUUCAAAUAAGAUAAGGUCGUUGUGUACUUGUGCUUUUUACCAGAUAUUGGAUUUCACAGAUCAUUUCCGGACAGACUGCUUGUCUAACUUGCUGGAAGGUUAAUGCAUCUUGAUCCUCGUGAAAAGAGAGUAUGAAAACCCAUUUUUAUGCAAAAAAGGUAUUUUCUCUUGCAUUUAAUCCUUACAUCAUAAGUUAUCACAUUGAAUCUGCUUUUGGUACCUUGGAGAAUAUUUGGGCUUCUAUUUUCUGAUAUAUUUGUUUUAACUGUUGCUUUGCAUGUUUGCUUGAAACUGAAAACUAGAAGUUGAAUUAUGUGACGCCAUCACAAGUGAUGAUAUAAGUGUCACUGAAUGUUACAAAAGGAAAGGUCAUGAAGUAAUUGUAAAGCAGUCAUGGUAUUCUAAUAUCUGUAUGUUUUUAUAAGUAUCCUGGAGAGAGACUAAAUUAUUAUUCUCCUUCUACAUUAUUUUUUGUUGAUUUAUGCACAAAGCAAAAAUAUCCUCGUCUUGCAGGUUCUGUCUAGAUGGAACGUUACAACAGAGUCUGUUAUCGCUGCUUUUCUUCUGAUAUAGCAAAGGAAUGUCGAAAAGGUUCUCAAUCGCUGCUAUGCUAGAUGUCCAUGACAGGAGUAAAGUAGAUGAACUUGAGAAAGACUCCACUCUCAAGAUGAUGCUUCAAUCUCACCACCAAGCAGACAAAAUGGGGCCGAGGAAUGGCACCUGGCAAGAUCCGAAUUGGAUUCUGAUGAAAAUGACUCGGGUUGUUCUAAAUGCCUAGUCUUUUCCAGAGGAUCAGAAUUUAUUAUGUGGGCCCACUUUUCCUCCUGCUUUAGUCCACCUGGCAUAUUGUAAUCUUUCUAUAAAAUGAAAAAAAAAAGGUAUAUUGCAAUCUAGUUCCACGUGUGAAACAGUGGAGUUGUCUGUCAUUUUAAUCAGCUAAUAUCCAAUUUAUGGCGAAGCCCAUAAGAUGAUA